AUGGGACAAACAGAAAAGACUGCUGUCGGUGUUUCGUCGCCUCAAUGUGCCCGCAACUGUGUGUCUGGCUCCCAGCGCCCAGCUUGCUCAGGCUCUCUCAAACAAAGACUCGCCUGGGUCUGCUCUUUUCUUCUCACUGUCGCCCUUUUGCGCUAUAUAUCUCUCUUCGAUGGUCCAUACCCGCUAUCUCUUCCUGAAAGUAGCUUGUUUAACAAUGCGAUGACAUGGCCCUGGACUAAAAAGAACAUCUGCCAACCACCUUCCCCAAACCUGUUUGCGUACCACCCACCGCGUCCUAGCACUGACCUUAUAGAGAAGGCUGCCAAAGAUCUGGACGAAUAUCUCACAAAGCGAGCGUCUGAGCCUGAAAUCGAUAGCAUUUCUCUGUCUAUCGUUACCCCCGCUGGUCCUAUUUUUAUUGGCGGUUAUGGUACCCUUCGCGCCAACGAGACCGACCUGGAGGGUCCAGUUCAGGUCGUCGAUGAGAAUUCAAUCUAUAGGAUUGCAAGCAUAUCGAAGAUGUUUACGGUCCUCGAGACUCUCAUACUUAGAGAGAAAGGUCUUUUGAACUGGGACGACCCAGUCGCCAAAUUUGUAGCAAACAUCUCUCUUCCUGCCGAAUCCUACGGCUGGGCGAACUACCUCAAGGGUGCGAAGAGUAACGGCGGUGAACCUCGCAUUUCUCUCCGUCAAUUGGCUAGCCAUAUGGCGGGUAUUGGACGCGACUACCCGCCAAUAGACAUCGGAAAAUGGCCUAUCUCACCUGAAGAGUUUCCAUCGUACACGGCAAGCCAGUCAUGGGACACGAACGCAACGUUUGACGCCAUCACGCGUUUACCGCUCGUCAACGUUCCAUACACCUAUCCUAUCUACUCCAACACCGGGUUUGGCCUGCUUGGGCUCGCCAACAUCGGAGCGGACAGCCUCCAGAAACCCGCUUCUCUCCAGCGUACGCAUGCUGAGCUGCUAAAGCGUGACGUUUUCGAGCCUCUGGGAAUGACGAACAGCUUCUUCCGUUUGCCUGAGAGUGAAAAGCAGCGUGCACAUAUUGCUGUGCCUGCCAAAAACUCGGAAUGGGCCGAUAUCUGGAUGGGCGAUUUUAUGGAUCCCGUUGGAGGCCAGUAUAGCUCGCUCAAGGACCUUUCCUUGCUGAUGAAGACACUGCUUUCGCCAACUGGAGCCAGGGGCGUGUUACCUGCAUCCGUUGUGCGUGAGUGGUUGCGUCCCAUACAUAUAUGGGGAACCGGCGGCGAACACGUCGGCGCGCCUUGGGAAGCGCAGACAUUGGCUGGUGUUACCGCCUAUGCAAAAGGUGGCAACCUCCCAGGUUAUCACUCCGAAUUUGCGCUUGUCCCAGAAUACUCGUUCGGGAUUGUGCUACUGGUCUCAGGGAGCAACGCGGACACGGUCACAUUGCUCAAGGAGACUGCGAAGCGGUAUGUACCCGCAUUCGAAAAGCUCCACGAGGCCGAGCUUCGUAGACGGUUCCAAGGAAAGUGGAUCUCGGAGCGAGAGUCGAAAUCCGAAGAUGCGCCCGAAUCAGCCAAGGACGUCGCAGAGGUUACAGUGAAGAACGGCGCUUUGCACCUCACCAAGCUGAAUAUCGACGGUAAAGACGUGCUACAAAUCCUCGAGCUUGCCAUGAGUGGCGGUGGCGGCGGUGGGCGGGCUGUUUCGGGCGCUGCGUUGCAGGCGAAACCGAACGCGAAAGGAGGUGGGCCUGUGGUGCUGUGGCCUACAGGCAGAACUGGGGAGUUCCGUAUGGCUCUUGGACGCCCCGAGUUGAACAAGGUGCCCGAGAUUGGGUGUAUACCUUAUUGGAUCAGCUUGGAUUUUGGCGCGCAGAGCCACGGUGUCCCGCUUGACCUUGUGUACUGGGAGCGGGGAAACCUGCACUACCCUUCAGCGGGCAUUACGUUUGAAAGGUCGUAA